AUGGAUGACAAGAGUAGCCAGAAGAAACCAUUCGCUCUUGAUGAAAAGAUGAAGCGGAUGAUUAUGGAUCUCCAGCGUCACUGGUUAUCAGAAUACCAACAGAGCAGAGAGAAGUUGCUUGUUGAAAUAACGGAAAAGUUGCACCAGGAGUUCUUAUCUGACCAGCAGAAAAAUCGGACAGAAUUGUUAACGCAAUUCAAGGAAGAGCUGGAUACAACGAGGGCAGAACUGGAGCAAAAAUACCGUGAAUCGUUAGAUGCAGAACUUUCAAAAAUGGAAGAGAAGCAUCAGAAGGAGGUUUCAGCGUUGAAAAAAAAGCAAUGGUGUUGGCAGUGCGAACAGGAAGCUAUCUAUCACUGUUGUUGGAAUACUGCAUACUGUAGCGUGCAAUGUCAGCAGAACCAUUGGCCCGCACAUCGCAAAUAUUGUCGACGUAAGAAACAGAAUCAGAACGCUCCAGGCGCUUCUCAGUCCCAGCAGUGA